CCGAAGCCUCUUGCCGGCUGACCGAUUGUUUUAAGACGGAGCAAGUGCUACGAGAAGAGUGCCAGCGCCUGUCAGGCCGGCUUGACGCUUUGAGUGAUGCCGAAGUAAUAGCCGCUGGUGAUCCACGUACCCGAGCUCGGAGCCAAAGAAACGGAUCAUCCAAACGAAAAGUGGAUACAGAAUUUGACGAGCUUGAGCUGAGAACUGGUGCUGAAGGGACAAUGGGAACAGCACCAGAUUCACCAACGGUCUCGGCAGUCGAGCUGGCAAAAAUGUCCGGCCUUCUUGCCGGACUCGAGACGAGCCUGGCAAUGAGUCGGGCCGAGGCAGAGCGUCGGGCGUCAGAGUUGACUGCAACAGCAGAUGAGCUGGUCAGUACAAAAGCCCAGCUGGAGUCGCUUAAGAACAGUUUUGAGACGUGUCGUGCCGACCUCCGACACUGGCAGGAGAUUGCUUCGACGGCUCAGGAGAAGUUGGCCAGGAGUGAAGCCCUUCAGGAGGCAGCAGGCCGACAACACGAAGCCAUCUUAAAUGCUGUCAAAGAGCAGCAAGCCCGCGCUGAAGAUAGAGUACGUAGUAAACUUUGCUGUUGCAUGGGCUUCUUUCAUUGGUAUAACAUUCGAUGA